ACUAUUUCCAGCUUUUAGUGCCGAAGCUGUAUGAAAUCAUAGCUAAUAGAACCGGAAAGCUGCGUAUACGGUAGACAUAUUUAACCACAAAUGUAGAGAAAGGAGAUGAACAGUGGCAAAAUGUGAAGUGGAAGGAGAAAGCAAUAAUAAACAGCCAAUAAACACGAUUUCCUCGUGGACCACAGUCCAGAAUCUAUGUUCACCGAGCAGUCUGCAGAAUCUCGAAUACCGGAGCGGCAGAGUGCCUGGAUGUUUAUAAUCUCUUUUAUCACGCCUGCUGCCAAUCGAUUGUGAAUAAAGGGGAAAACUGGACCAAUAAGACUUGCCACAGUUUUGGUGGUGAAUUCAUAUGCAUCCCGAGAAUUCCGCUGUUUGGCAGCCACUGGGAAACGAACAGGAUCGAUCAGUUCAUCGCCUGCACAUAUUAUCGCGUAAUGAAAGCUUUUAUGUAACGCGUCAAACGAGCGAUAUAUGGGGUUGUUGUGGACUUCGUGGUGAAUCUAACCUCCCUUUUCUGUAGUCUGAUUUUCUGGAUGCUGGAGAAACGUUUUCUGAAUUCUUAACCGAUCAAGUCUUCGCCGUAAUCAUGGGAUGCGAUUCGUGGGACGAUGUGGAAUGUCUGUUGGUGGAUGAUCCACCUGAUUUUAUUCGGCCUCCCCCGCUGCUGUUUUGUGAUGGCUCCUUCGAGGAACAAUUCACUUGCAGCAAUGGUAUUCCUUAUCCAUUUUCCAUUAAUACCGACGGCGUGCAAAAUGAGCCGACCCUGGCCAUUAUUGUUGUAUGCGUUGUGUUGUUCAGUGUGGCACUGACCGUUUCCGGUGUAUGCGCUUGGAGGAACAAGAAACACAUUCGCCGACUUCUGUCCUGCUUAUCUGGAUCCCCCAGUUCCGUGCGGAAGCAUUCACCUGCCUCGGUUUCCACCUCCGACGGAUCGGAAGGAUCCGGUGCAGCGGCCUACUCGGAUAACUUAGAUUACAAAAAGAUAUCACUGCUGAAUGCUGUCAGUCCGCCGUCAGGAGUAAACUUCUUGACAGACAGCGCCAUCCGCUAUGCACCAACAUCCACAUUACAGUCGCAGCAGCGCCAACCCCAUGUGGAUGGGCACAUCUACGAAGAGAUCGCUAAUAACUAUCCGGCAUGCUUGACAACAACAGCCGGCUACUAUCACGGCCCGGUCCAGCCGCAUCAUCAUGCCCACUAUACGCUGAGUUGCAAAGAUGGCACGACACUGGCACAACAAGCUUUCAUCCAACGUCAAUCAUGGCUGGAUUUACUGCAGCGUCCACCAUGCCUUGAGACCACGUUUAAUCUGUAUGAUGAUGGAAAUAAGACAGCGGCGUCUGCGUGCCCCAAUUGCUACUAUCCAAGUUUGCCCAGGGAUUCAUAUCCACGAAUCGAUAUGCCAACGGAGUUUGGCCACAUUACGAUUAAUCCCGUGGAGCAGCUUACAAGCAGCCGGACCGGCAAGCGUCGCCAACGCACCAGGCCAUACCAACUGCAUCCCACUAAUUUAUCGGAUGCGGAUACCACGGCGGAACGCCUGCCCCAGUAUUUGAAUCAGUAUCUUGUGCUGCCGAACAAUCUGCGCGAUCCCUACCAACGUGGUGAACGCGUGCAUACUAUGGAUGCCGGUGGUCAACGCAAACACCGUCCAUCACGAAAGCACACAAAUCGCCAUCUGCAAGGCCAGUUGGCUAAUAGUUCCGAUAUCUGCAUGUUCAGGAAUGAACUGCAAAAUGAUUUACGGAACGGAAUCGAGUAACAUGGAUCUGAAAAAGAUGCGUGCAGGCUGUUUACUAGUUGUACAUUUUUCGUAAAAAUUAAAAAGAUUAAAAUUACGCAUGUUACUACUUGCAUACUUGCGUUUAUUGUUGGGUUUUGUUUUUGGACGUCGAUUCCUGUUAAUUAGUUUUGACUAUUUAGUUCAUAACAUUUUGCAGCAGUUUCCGAUUAAAGAUAACAAUGUUUUUCCGGUUCUUACUCGUAACGUUGUAAU